AUGCUGGAAGCUCACCUCAUUAUCUACUUUCUGCUUGUAUUGCUGCAGGUUUUCUCUGGCAUCUUGGCAAACGGCCUCAUCGUGAGGGUGAACGGCGCUGAGUGGAUCAUGCAGAGAAAAAUAGCCUCUCUCGAUCUUCUUCUCUUCUGCUUGGCCAUCUCAAGGAUUCUUCUGCAGUUGCACAUCUUUGGGUGUCAGUUGUCUUUUCACUUGCUGGUGACUCCCUUUUUAUCUGCCGAGACUAUGGUAACCCUCAGUUUUACAAAUGAACUGAGUCUUUGGUUUGCCACCUGGCUUGGGGUUUUCUAUUGUGCCAAGAUCGCCACCGUUCGGCACCCACUCUUCUUGUGGCUGAAGACGAGGAUCUCCAGGCUGGUGCCCUGGCUGAUCCUGGGGUCUCUGCUCUACACUGUGGCCAUGUGCAGCAUCUACAGCAAGCCUAUGAUGGAAACUUACCAAAGCCUCUUCAUGAAUUUAAUUACCAAAAACUCAACCCACAUCCCAGAAAUAGACAGAGAACUACUUUCGUAUUUCAUCUUUGGGUUCACAGUGCCGUUGUCCAUCUUCCUCGUUGCUGGUCUGCUCUUGACCGUCUCUCUGGUGAGACAUGCGCACAGGAUGAGAACGGUAAAGAUGGGCACCAGGGGGCCCAGCAGGCAUGCCCACCUGAGCGCAGUGCUCUCCAUCCUGUCAUUUGUAAUCCUCUACUUCUCCCAUUACCUGGUGAUCAUGCUGCUUUCUUGCCAAGUGCUCCCGUUUGACAGCAUCGCCUUCCUCUUUUGCACCUUGAUGGUGGGCGCAUACCCCUCUGUGCACUCCACCAUCUUAAUCUUAGGGAAUCCUAAGCUGAAACAAAGAGCAAAAAUGUCCCUCCUCCAUUGCAAGUGCUGCCAGUGA